CAGAACACAAUGUCUCUAUAAAUAGGAAGGACAUUUGCCAGUAUAUUUUUAUUACAGGAAGGGAGGCUGUGCAAGUUAUCUAGAAGAGGAAAAUUUGAAAAGCCAUCAUGUCCAAUUAUGGUAAUCUCAACGAUAUUCCUUGUACUGGUGCCUCAUAUGAAACCGGAAGUCAAGAUGGGGGAAAUAUUUCUGGAAUACCAGCAUCUGAAAAACUGGCAAGAACAGAUCUGCAAAGGGUAAACUGUUACAGGGAGAGGAUUAAGUCUGUGUCCUGGCAAACUGGUGUGGACGCAGCUAUAAUUGCAGCAAUCGUGUCUCGUGAAUCACGUGGUGGAGCUGCUUUGGACGCUAAUAAAUGGGGUGAUCAUGCCAAUGCUUUUGGCCUGAUGCAGAUCGACAAAAGAUGGCAUACUCCACGAGGAGCAUGGGACAGUGAAGAGCAUCUUUUACAGGCCACAGAAAUACUGACUUCCAUGUUUGAUGCAAUCAAGAAAAAAUUUCCAAGCUGGUCAAAAAGCCAUGUUAUGAAAGGUGCUUUAGCAGCAUACAACAUGGGUCCAGACAGCGUUUACAGUUUUGAUGCUGUUGACAGUCGUACAACUGGGGCAGACUACUCGAAUGAUUGUGUUGCGCGGGCAAAGUUUUACAAAAGAAAUGGAUUCUAAAGUCCAUGAUGUUGGUUUCGAACAUUAAAACUACACAAUACAUAAACAAAUUAUGAAAUAAAUUGGCAAAAAAAA